AUGCUGAAAGCGAGCGACAGCGCAGUCGCAGCCAGUGUCAACACGGUAUUCAGGCGGUUAGCGCCGCCGUCCCUGCAGCUCCCAAGGCCGUGCCCGUUCUGCAGGCCGGCGCGGUCGCCCUCCGCCGUCAGCCCGUUCGUGGGCACGCGAGUCCCGCGCGGGCUGCGCCGCGCGGCCCCGUGGCUCGCGCAGUCUCGCGUGCCCCACGCGGUACAGAUCCGCGCGGCCAUCUUCGGCGUGGGGGCGCCCGAGGCUAUCGUGGUGGUGGUCGUCGCCAUGCUGGUCUUCGGACCCAGGGGCCUGGCGUCAGCGGCGAAGAGCUUCGGCGCCGCCCUGCGUUCCUUCCAGCCUACCAUCCGUGAGCUGGCGGAAGUCUCAACGGACCUAAAGUCCACCCUGGAGCAGGAGAUGGGACUGGACGAGCUGAGGGACGACAUUCGCGCCAUCCGAUCGCCGCUCUCCGCCCAGCCGAGCCCACCCGGCGGCCAGGUGGCGGCUCGAUCGGAGGAGGGACUGGGUGGGCCGGCCGCGCAGGCGGCGUCGCGAGGAUCGGAUGCAGGGGAGGACGCGACGGGGGUGGUGGACGCGAUGAUGGAGCUCGUGGACGCGGACAUCGACCAGAAGAGGGCGGAUUCUGAGAGGCUGGCGUGGGGCGGCCAGGCACCGGAGGCGGAUUCUGGAGAACGGGACUUGUCUGCGAUGAGCGUGGCCGAGCUGGAGGCCGAAUUGGCAAGGAGAAAGGCGCAGGGCGAGGAUGGACAGGACUCGAACUAUGCAUGA